CGAUAAUCAAAAUGGAUAUGAAAGUACGUAAGGCAGCUCCUGUCAAUAAGGAAAACAAAUGUCAAGAUAAAAAAGACGAUGGUGAUCUAACAAAAGAAACGAAUGUAGUAAAAGAUGGGUGUUACCGAAAGGAUGCUUUGCAAAAUGAUGUUGAAAAGCAGACUUCAAAGUGCGAUGGAUUGUUCUUCAGAUCUCAAAGCGGCCUUUUCGAGAUUCAGAUCACUCUUGACGGACCGUUGAUCGGGUUCUUCCUUAUCGCUCUUGCUACUCGCUUAUACAGACUCGAAUACCCAAGAGCUGUUGUUUUUGAUGAACUUCAUUUUGUUAAAUAUGCAUCUCUUUACGCUUCAAACACUUUCUUCUUUGAUGCUCAACCGCCUCUUGGUAAGCAAAUUAUCUCUACAGUUGCCUACUUUGUUGGCUAUCGGCAAAAGGGAUCCCAACAGGGUCUGGAACGCAUCGGAGGAGACUACCCGCCUGAGGUACCUAUAUUCGGAUUGCGACUUGUUCCAGCCAUUUUCGGAAGUCUCCUCGUGCCACUGUCCUAUCGAAUCUGCCUUCUUCUCGGACUCUCAAAAGCAACUGGAACAUUCGCUGGGCUGCUACUUCUUGCAGAUACAGCCUUGCUGACACAAAGCCGAUUCGUACUAAUGGAAACAAUUCUGAUGUUUUUCUCUAUGCUGGGUCUUUUCUGUGUACUUAAGUUCCGUAGGCUGCCUCGACGCAAAUGGUUUGGCCCUAGCUGGUGGGGUUAUCUUGCUGUAGGUGCGGGAUCAUUCGCAUGUGCCAUGUGCGUCAAGUACGUCGGCGGGUUGUCCCUUGUGUUAGGCGCAUACAUCUUAAUUCGCAAUCUGUGGGACAUGUUACCAGACAAGUCAUUAUCAGAUCGUCUUCUGAUGCUGCAUGCUCUGUUAAGGAUUACGGUGUUCACUCUUGUUCCGCUCGCCAUUUACCUAUCGGUAUUUUAUAUACACUUGAGCAUUUUGACUAAAGCGGGCCCUCACGACACCAUCAUGACAAGUGGAUUUCAGGCGAGUUUAGAGGGCGGGCUGGCGAGCAUCACUAAAGGGCAGCCGAACUAUAUAGCUCAUGGAUCGCAAAUCACUCUUAGGCACUCUCUCGGAAGGACGUGCUGGCUGCAUUCUCAUAAUGAACUGUAUCCACUUCGAUAUCCGGAUGGACGAGGUUCAUCACAUCAGCAGCAGGUGACGUGUUAUUCAUACAAAGACGUGAACAACUGGUGGAUUGUGAAGCGGCCAGACAUUGCCGACCUUGUUGUAGCGGAGCCUAUCGACCGCAUCCGGCAUGGUGACAUCAUACAGUUCGCUCAUGGCAUCACGAUGCGGCUACUGAAUUCACAUGACGUUGCAUCCCCAAUGAGUCCAGCUUUUCAGGAAGUGUCCUGUUUCAUUGACUAUAACAUAACACGAUUUCCGCCACACACCAACUGGAAGGUCGAAAUUCUAAACAGGGAUAGAAUGGGUGACUACUGGCUAACAAUACAUUCGCAAGUUCGGCUAGUUCACGUUGAUUCUGGACAAGCUCUUAAAUUUUCGGGUAAACAGUUACCUGAAUGGGGCUUUAAUCAGCACGAGGUCGUCACCGAUCGCUCGAUCGAACAAGAUGACACUAUCUGGAAUGUCGAGGAGCAUAGAUACACAAAAAAGAAAGACGAGAAAGAAAGGGAGCUGGAUCUUGUUACCGCUGAAUUUGUGCCGUUGGAGCCAACUAAGCUAACCUUCUGGCAGAAGUUUAUUGAACUUCAGUAUAAGAUGCUCGUUGCUGAUAAUGAAAAUGUUGAGGAUCAUAUAUUUGCGUCUACUCCAUUAGAGUGGCCGCUGCUUCUUCGAGGGGUUGCCUACUGGGUGAGCGGGGAAUCGAACGCGCAGAUUUUCCUUUUAGGAAAUCCAAUUCUCUGGUGGACCGGUUCCCUUGCUGUUCCUUUAUAUCUUGGCCUUCUUGCCGGAUGCCUUCUCCGUAGGCGAAGACUGUGCUAUGAUAUACCGGAAGAUAUGUUUCGUGCCGUUCUAUUGUGCGCUGAAGUCCUUGUUGGAGGCUACUUGAUUAAUUUCAUUCCAUAUUUUUUUUGCGAUCGUUCGUUGUUCCUCCAUCACUAUCUGCCAGCUGCCAUAUUCAAGCCGAUGCUCAUUGCAGCUCUCGUGCAGUUUACCGACCAGCUAAUUAGUACCUUUCUUAGCGGCACGCGUCAUGCUUGGGUCUCACGAGCGUUUUACGUAGGGGUUUUCUCCUGGCUUUUAUUAGUUUUGUGGACAGCUUUCCAUUACGUGACAUUCGCUUAUGGCACGUAUUCAUUAAGUCCGCAGGACAUCGAACGGUUGCGGUGGCUUGAUUCGUGGCAAUUCAUCGUUCAUCGCAGAUAAUCUGGAGUCUUGAAGCGUCUAUGUUACAGGCUGACAUGUCAAUCAUGACACAAUGUGCUUUUAGCCCAAUAGCUGUCGAAGUGCCUAGUAGUGUUUGGGAUUUUAUUGGUAUUAAAAAUUAUCAAAGACUAGGUUAUUAAAAUUCAGCUAACCCAAACGGAAACCUGUCGCAGUAGUAUGACAACAAAGUUGUAUAAGGGACUAAGCGAAUAGUAAAUCUAUGGAUAUAUUAUGUAAAAAAAUUAGGUAACUCAUCGUACCUCUUGCCAUAAACGGAGUAGCUUACCGCGCCAAGCUCAACUCAUUAGGUCUUAGAGAAUAGUACUCAAACUGGCUAAUGGUUCAUUACAUAUGCUUGAGUAAACGUAUGGUAGGUUAUUUUUUGUUGUGACAGUUUUACCUAGUAGCUAGACACACACAUACAAAUCUAGUGAUUUAUUCAUUCGAA